GGAGGAGGAAGAGGAAGAGGAAGAGGAAGAAGAGGGGAGACGAGCGCAUCACAAAGUUUGAAGCGGCAGGGCUUUUUGAUGAAGACUGACGAGUGUUCGCUUCGCUUCCCUUCCUCUCCGGGGUCUCAACGGUGCUUGGAGGAAGUGUCCUGGAGAACAAAUGGAGUGGGCGAGAGCUAGGCCCUCUCUUUGCCUCCUCUAAACAUCUCAACCCCUAAACACAGAAGGCUGAGCAAGAAGAAAAUGCGGGCGGAGCUGCAGUCCCUCGCUGGUUGCUCGACAUAACGAGGAACAACUGACGACACCACGUCUGUUGACGUCGCGCUGUGUCAGGUCUGCCGAGGAGAUCCGUGACCCCCAAUCCGCUUCCGGUGGACUGAAGAUCGAAGUGGACGAAGCUUCUUUUCGUGCGACUGACAGUCCACCUAACUUCUCAAAACCUUAAAUUGUCUUUCUUGUUGCUGCUGGACUUGUCAAGAGAGGCAGAUUCUCAGGACCUGUUUUAACAUUUAGCGGCUGUGAAGCGCUUAUCCCGCUACAACAAGCCGGUCGUAGAGAGACACCUUUGUGUUAGGCCGACACCACCAGCAAAGGUGAUGUACUGUUUUGUUGUCAGGGGCAUUGAUCCACUGACCUCCUGAUUUAAUUGGCCACACAAACACACACACACACACACAAACUGACAGACACCCGGUGUUGCUGGCAGAUAGCUUUGUGUCCGACUCCGUUUCAUUGACACAGCACCCAGACACAUAUUUACCGAGCUUUUACCCGCUUGGGUGUUAGAAAUCCAUCCGAACACCAUUAACUCCCAGAGGGAACUCUGACCUUGAGUGGGAUCAGACACAUCGCGGGGUGUUUGCGUUAGCAGGAGGCAGCGUCACGUUCUGCCUGCUCCGAUUGACAGUGACGAUGAGAGCUGAUGGCAGAUUGGUGGCAGAUUGGUCCUGGUAAACAUAGUCAUGUGAUACGGGUCAUGUCACCUUCAUCGACCUAGAUCUCAAUAAACUGGCCGGCAGAGGAAGAUAUGUGUGCAAGUUCUGCCGUAAUCAAAAAUAGACAUCUUCUACCUUCGCUUUCUGACGCCACAAGCCCUUCGCGCCCCAACGAACGGGAAAUCAAAUAUAAAACAUGUUAAGUUGUUAAGCACUGUAAUCAAACCACCUAAUGAACAAAAAACUCAUCCUUCUCUGCACCUUCUCCAAAUACACCAACCACCCACUCAGUGUGUAAGUCCUGCCUACGGGCCCCUUGGAGGAUGAACGAUGUGCCCACACUUGACUACGAGUUGCUGCUGUCCCCGGCCAGCUCCUCCCUCCCCGGCAGCCCUGGCGGCGGCAGCAGCAGCAGCCAACCUCUGACCCUGGUUGGAGUGGACAAUGAGCAGCGCACAGCCUUGGCCUUUGUAGGCCUCCUCAUGCUCUUCCUGGUCUUCCUGUUGGUCAGGUGCUUCAGGAUCCUGCUCGACCCCUAUAGCCGCAUGCCCGCAUCAUCUUGGACUGACCACAAGGAGGGGCUGGAGAGGGGCCAGUUCGAUUACGCGCUGGUGUAGGUUGAUGUGUGAAAGAGAGAGUGGAAAGGGGGAUGUUUUGCACUGCACAUAGAAAGAAUAUUUAAAGAACAUCUAGAUGACGUAGGCGUCGAUUUGACCCAUUCGUAAUAUUGGGACUGCAUUAUUUGCAAGAGGAUGCGCAUAAUGCUAGUGUAAUGCCUGGUUUAUAUUGCUGUUUAAAGGCUUGUGUGCUGAUGUAAAUAUGAGGCUGCCGGAUGUGAGCAUAACAAAGUCUGGUUCAGUAAGAGGCACACAUACCACCGGAAACCCUGCAAGACAAACUCACAACUGUUGAACAGGGAAGGACAGAAAUAACGAGCUGCGCAGCUGCCUUAACCUGACCUGCUGUACCCAUUAAACACGCUACCACCUCGCCGUAGGGCCGGGCCUUCCAAACACCAAGGUCAGCGUUGCUCACUACAUGGUUUGGUUUUUGGUGAGAAUACUCAACACGCAGUGUAAGGGAAGGAGUUUACACUUAUUAAGCAGAUGCCCCUUUAACAAACCUAAAUCCGUAUUAAUGCUAGUGUUCUGAUCAAGGAGCACGAGUCAGCACUUUUCUUUUGUUACUUUGGACACUGAUCCUGGAGCAGCCGUUUCAAAUGCUUGUUAAGAAGCAGGUAGUUUGAGUCUCCGUACAACUUUAUCAGUGUGUGUUUUGUGUCCUACGGUGUCUCUGACUGAAAAGCCAUAUUGAAAGUAUAAUAUCUUAUUACAGCCAAUAGAAUUUAUGUUCACUGGUUGUUCGUUUGCUUUAGUCAGCCUGCCAGGUGUGGUGAUGAAGCAAACGGCAGCCUUUAGUUAAAAGAAUGCUUUAUUUUUCUAUUCCUGACUCAAGUUUGGGAGUCUCGUCUUUGCUAUUUUUCUGCCCUCUUCCUCUCAUCGUAUCGAUCUUUGGACUGUGGAUUUUUGAGGUAGCCACAGUAUAGUUGGAGGCAAAGCAGGUAGCUUUGCUUUUCUUGUGUUUUGUAAUUAAAUAUUUUUCUGACUAUCUGCUUUGUUUUUUUAUACAGUGCAAAUUUAAAAAAAAAAGAAUUUUCUUCCUCAUAAUUUCCACAAAGUGGUGGACUGAUUGGAAAGUCCACAUUGUUCAUGUUGAAAUUAAAUAAAACGAUUACUACUUCUGUG